GUAUUAUGAUGUGAAGUUUAUUCGCGAUCGCGACCAGGCAAGUGUACGUCGAAAAAAAAAUGAGACUGAUCGAUUAAUUACAAUCAUUCUUGCGACAGCCACUUUUCUUAGCGUAGUUGAAGUCUAAUUAACUCAACUGACCUAAUUAAGAGGCAUAGUAAAUAAAGUUGUGAUUUGUGCGGGCGGCCAAACAGAGUUUACGUAAACUGACAUUGACGUGGAAGUGCGCGGGAAAAUUUGAUGUGUACCGUUUUUCCUUGGUUAAAUUUCUAGCCGCGAGUCGCUACCGGUUGCUUAAAUAUUGUGUGUCGCUCUGUGCAGAGGUGAAAGCAAAAUGUGAUUGUGGUGCAGUACUUGUGUGGUGACGUUGCCAACAUAUUGCCCUUGCUGCUAGAUUGGCAACACACCAUAAACACGCGAAGUAUUUAACUUUAUAUCCGCAUGGUUCUAUUGGAGUUAUUGAUUUGAGAGAAUCAUCGGGGAUUCCAAAAUGCCGUUCACUUUAGAAGAGGGUGGGUUUGGUAUGGGGGAUUACGUGGUCUUCGGGGUGCUGUGCGCCGCGUCGUGUGCCGGCGGACUGUGGUACAGUGCGGUCGGGUCCAAGACAAAAGCCGUAUUAGAUGUCAAAGAUUACCUGCUAGGCGGAAAAGCCAUGUCCACAUUCCCCGUUGCCAUGUCGUUGAUCGCUAGUUACGUGUCUGGGGUCACAAUACUCGGCACCCCAGCGGAGAUCUACAAUUACGGUACGCAGUAUUGGCUGGUGAUAUUGGGUGUGGCGCUCAGCUGUGUGGUCGUGGCCACGGUGUACCUGCCAGUGUUCUGCACGCUGCGGCUCUCCUCCUCUUACGAAUAUUUAGAGUUAAGGUUCAACCGACAUGUUCGUGCGGUGGCGUCCAUUCUUUUCCUUUUGGAUGAGGUAUUGUUCCUUCCUAUGGUGGUCUAUGUUCCGGCUCUCGCAUUUAAUCAAUUGACGGGGAUAAAUGUCUUUGUCGUUGGAGGCAUAAUGGUUGUAAUAUGUGGACUGUACACAGUGUUAGGUGGGCUCCGUGCAGUGGUAUGGACAGAUUCAGUGCAAACAGGAAUGAUGUUCAUUGGCGUAGUGCUUGUUGCGGCUGCAGGCACUCUAGCCGUUGGGGGCGUCCAAGUAAUUCUUAACGCCGCCAACGAAUCUAACCGAUUGGACCUUUCCAAUUGGAACUUCAGCCCAUAUGAAAGACAGACAGGAUGGGGCGCCGUGGUUGGGGGUUUCCUGUACUGGACUUGCUUCAACUCCGUCAACCAAACAAUGGUGCAGCGAUACAUAUCACUGCCAUCUAAGCGGCAAGCUGUUUCGGCGAUAGGCAUCUUCUGUAUUGGCGCAAUGAUCGCGAUCUCGCUGUGCGUCUGGUGUGGCCUGGCCGCCUUCGCGGCGUGGGUGACAGGCGGUUGCAGCCCCAGCGGGGCUCCGUUAGUAGACGACAGGCUACUACCAGCCUUCGUCACGUACGUCUCCAGAGUACAGCAUCUGCCAGGGUUAGCUGGAGUGUUUCUUGCGGGAGUCUUCGGCGCAGGUCUGAGUUCAUUGUCUGCGGUAUUGAACGCUUGCGCACUAGUUGUGGUAGAAGACAUAAUGCACGGAUGGAUGAAGCUGCGAUUGAAACCGCUAACUGAAGGGAUCUUGGCGAGGGUGGCAACCGCGGUUCUUGCGGUCAUCUCUGUCAUCAUGCUUAUAGUUAUCGAGAAGCUGGGAGGCGUGCUUGGUGUGGCCACUGCGUUGUCUGCUAUAGCGGCUAGCGCGACGUGCGGCAUAUUCACUUUGGGCAUGGUGUGCUGGUGGGUGGGGCCGCGGGGUGCCAUAGCGGGCGGGGUGGCGGGCGCGUUGGUGGCGGGCGCCGUGUCCAUGGGCACUCAGGCGGCCGCCGCGCGGGGGCUGCGUGCGCCUCCAGCACUACUCACGUCGCAGUGCGCCGCUAACGCGUCCUACGCGCUCGUCGAUCAGUUGGACCCAGAAACGGUGUUUCCCCUAUUCCGAGUCUCGUACCAUUGGAUAGCGCCAUUAGGUCUUCUAGCCACAAUACUGACAGGAGCUUUAGUAGGCUGGCUAUUCGAUAAAAAGGAGGACAUAAGAAUGGACGAGGAGUUAUUCACUCCUAUUAUAUGGAAACUGCUUCCUAGCGAAGCGCACGAGAGAGCCGGUGAAGCCAGGCGGAUAGGGAACAAACAGGGGGAAUCCCCGGCGCCUUCGUCGCCCCUCAUGAUCGCGAGGUCCGAUAAGGUACGACAGGGACCGCAUUACAAGCUUGUUUGAUCUAAUCAUUAUUAUUACGAGCUUUACGCUUUUGUUGCGCAUGAUGUAGAUCUUAAAAGUUAACACAUCACCUAGCUUUUUAAUAACGUGUUGAGUAUUGUGGAGUAGUUAGAUAUUAAAACGAUCGUGAGUGUCCGACAUUAUUAUAAGCUUGUUUGAUCUAAUUAUAAUCAUCAUUAUUACGAUAUUGUAGCUUUACUUGAUCCUAUUGUGCAUGAUGUAGAGUAUAUCUUUUUAGUAUCGCACCACGUAGUCUUUUACUUACAUGUUGAGUAUUGUGGAGUAGUUAGACAUUAACACCUUACAUUUUAUGUAUCAUUCAUUACUUUUAAUCUUAAACACACUUGAUACUGUAUUAAUUAACUUU